AUGUCUGCAGAAAAAUCCCAUCCCGCUCACCUGGAACCAAGCGAACUAGGCACAAAGGAGUACUGGGACGAAUACUACCGGAACGAUCUGGAAAACGGUGCUCGAUCUGAAGACGACGAAGAGGAGGAUGGCGAUGGCAGUGAUUCUGAUGACGGGGCCGAGCAACCCCCCGAUCCGGUCGAGCUGGAGUCAUGGUUCGACGACGUCGACGCUCCGGCCAAGACACUGGCGUUUCUAACCUCGACAACGUUCCCGCUGUCGCCGAACUAUACGGGAUCAUUGGUCGAUCAAGAUUCAAGCGAUCGGGGUAGUGGCAGUAUUAGGGAUGGUCCGUCGGUGCUGGACCUGGGCACAGGCAACGGCAGCGCCCUGUUCGCGCUGCGCCUCCACGGACACUACACGGGCCGCAUGGUCGGCGUCGACUACUCGAGCCAGAGCGUCGAGCUGGCGCGGAAGCUGCGCGCACAGUACGCUUCGACAACGAUGACGACAAUUCCCUCCGACAUGGCCGAUCUGGACUUCCACGUCUUCGACAUCAUCCACGACUCGGCUACCACGCAGCCCUGGUGGCCCGCGCGCGACGCGGGCUUCGACCUCGUCCUCGAUAAGGGCACCUUUGACGCCAUCUCGCUCUCCUCGGCCACCGUCUCGGACCCGGACCCGGACCCGAACGCGCGCCAAAGACGCAUCUGCGAACUCUACCCCUCCAGGGUCCUGGCCCUGGUCAGACCAGGAGGCUACCUGCUCGUCACGAGCUGCAAUUGGACCGAGGCGGAGGUUGUGGCGUGGUUCACGGGCUCGUCCUCAGGAGGAAGAGCAGGAAACACCGACUCCACCGCUGCAGAUACAGAGAGCAGCGAGAGGGCCGUGUUCGAGGUGUACGACACGAUAAAGUACCCCGUGUUCGAGUUUGGAGGGCAAAAGGGCCAGGGCGUCGCCAGUGUGUGUUUCCGAAAACGACAGAAAAGCAAGACGGACUAG